AUGGGGCUAAGAGUUGCCAGCCUUUUUAUACUAUGGCUGGCUCUUUGCUAUGCAACUGAAAUAAGAAAAGGAAGGACAAGAAACCAUGGUCACUAUGUCUGCAGCACUUGGGGAAACAACCACUUCAAAACUUUUGAUGGAGACAUCUAUCAAUUUCCUGGCAUUUGCGAGUACAAUUUUGUUUCUGACUGCCAAGAGUCUUACAAGGAGUUCUCUGUCCACAUUCAGCGUGCUCUGAACAGUAAUAACCACCCUGAGAUCCAGUAUAUUCUAUUAACAAUCAAGGACUUCACAGUGUACCUCAGACCAAAAGUGGCUGUGGUGGAUGGGCGAAUUGUGAAGACACCUUACUACAGCUCUGGUGUGCUCAUAGAGAGCAAUAACAUUUACACCAAGGUUUAUGCCAAAUUAGGAUUGGUUCUGAUAUGGAAUCAGGAAGAUGCACUGAUGGUGGAGCUGGACAACAAAUUUAAUAACUAUACAUGUGGUCUUUGUGGGGAUUACAAUGGAGUUCCAAUCUACAAUGAAUUUAUCAAUGGAAUUGCAAGCUAUAAUUCAAUUACAUAUGGGAAUUUACAGAAGAUUGUCAAACCCACUGCCAAAUGUGAGGAUCCUGAUGAAACUCAGGCUCUUCCAAGCUGUAAUGAGCAUCGUGAUGAGUGUGAGAACUUGCUGACUUCCUCUGCAUUUGCUGAUUGUUGGUUACGUCUCAAUUUGGAAAUGUACAUUCAAGCCUGCAUGCAGGACAAGUGUGCCUGUAAUGGAAGUGAGGACUCCUUCUGCCUCUGCAGCACCAUCUCUGAGUAUUCUCGUCAGUGUUCACAUGCAGGUGGCCGGCCGGGUGAAUGGAGGACACAGGACUUUUGCCCCAAGACUUGUCCUGAUACCAUGAUCUAUAAAGAAAGCAGCUCACCCUGCAUGGAUACUUGCUCGCACUUGGAAGUCAGCAGCCUUUGUGAAGAACACUACAUGGAUGGUUGCUUCUGCCCUGAAGGAACUGUGUACGAUGAUAUUACUGAGAAAGGUUGCAUACCUGCUAGUCAGUGCUACUGCAAACUCCAUGGAGAGCAGUAUUCACCUGGAGCAAACAUUACCAAUGAGUGUGAAGAAUGCACCUGUGAUUCAGGGAGAUGGACAUGCAAAGAUUUACCCUGUCCAGGCACAUGUUCAGUAGAAGGUGGUUCCCAUAUUACCACCUUUGAUGGGAAAAAAUACACCUUCCAUGGAGACUGUUACUACAUGUUGGCCAAGGGUACUGCAAAUGACAGUCAUGCUCUCCUGGCAGAACUGGCUCCCUGUGGCUCAACAGACAGACAGACCUGUUUAAAGACUGUUGUGCUGUUAGCAGAUAACAAAAAAAAUGUGGUGGUUUUCAGAUCAGAUGGCAGUGUGUUACUGAACGAGAUGACAGUGAAUGUGCCUCAUGUGUCAGCCAGCUUCUCAGUAUUCAAGCCAUCGUCCUAUUACCUUAUUGUACAAACAUCUUUUGGGCUUCAGCUGCAGAUCCAGUUGUUUCCAGUCAUGCAACUGUUUGCCACUGUGGAUCAAUCAGUUCAAGGAAAACUUCAAGGUCUUUGCGGAAACUUUAAUGGAAUGGAAGGUGAUGACUUCAGAACAACUAGUGGGCUUGUAGAAGCUACAGGAUCUGCCUUUGCUAACUCAUGGAAAGCUCAGUCCACCUGUACAGACCAAGAAGAAAAUCUCGAAGACCCCUGCAGCCUCAGCUUUGAAAGUGCAAAUUAUGCUGAGCACUGGUGUUCUUUGCUCAAGAAUUCAGAGGGUCCUUUUGCAAGAUGUCACUCAGCCAUUGAUCCUUCAGAAUACUAUAAGAAAUGUAAAUAUGACACCUGCCUCUGUGAAGACAGUGAAAAAUGCUUGUGUGCUGCCCUGUCCUCUUACUCAAAAGCCUGUGCUUUCAAAGGGAUCAUACUGGGAGACUGGAGACAAAGUGUCUGCACUACUGAAGAGUCUACCUGCUCAGGAAAUCAAAUCUUCCUUUACAAUCUUACAUUGUGCCAGCAAACCUGUCGUUCCCUUGCUGAUGGUGAAAAGCAUUGCUUGCAAGAUUCUGCCCCAGUGGAUGGCUGUGCUUGCCCAUAUAAUACAUAUUUGGAUGACCAGGAUACCUGUGUGCCUAUCUCCAAAUGCCCGUGUUAUUAUAAGGGAUCAUACCUGCAACCAGGAGAAUAUGUCACAAAAGAUGGAGAACGUUGUGUUUGCCGAAAUGCAAAAGUCCAGUGUACUUCAGUGUCAGUAACAAUAAAAAAUGCAACAGAUUGUUCUCCUAAUAAGAUAUACUUUGACUGCAACACAUCUCCACAGUGGACUUCGCAAACCCCUGUACAACUCAGCUGUCAUACUCCUCGAACUGAUCAUUUCCAGGCAGUGUGUUCCUCAGGCUGUGUGUGUCCUGAAGGUCUAUUUGAUGAUGGAAGAGGGGGCUGUGUUGAAGAGAAGGACUGCCCAUGCAUUCAUAACAACCAGUGGUAUUCUUCAGGAGAGGAUUUAACAGUAGACUGCAACACCUGUACAUGCCAAAAAGGUAUUUGGAGCUGCACUGAAAAUGUGUGCUAUGGGACUUGUAUGAUAUAUGGAAGUGGCCAUUUUAUCACCUUUGAUGGAAAAUUCUAUGACUUUGAUGGAAGUUGUGAAUAUGUUGCUACUCAGGAUUUUUGUGGCGACAAGAAUUCCAGCGGCUCAUUCAGUAUCAUCACAGAGAAUGUCCCUUGUGGAACUACAGGAGUCACCUGCUCAAAGGCUAUUAAAGUCUUUCUAGGGAAAACUGAACUGAAAUUGGAGGACAAAGAUUACAAAGAAGUUCAGAGAGAUAUUGGUGAUGAUGUGCAUUACUGGAACAGGACAGUAGGCCUUUACCUUGUUAUUGAGGCUAGCAACGGUGUGAUGCUUAUCUGGGAUAAGAAGACUACUGUUUUCAUCAAACUGACCCCUGAUUACAAAGGAAAACUGUGUGGUCUGUGCGGCAACUUUGAUGACAAGGCUAAUAAUGACUUUACAACAAGGGAUGGGCUGCUGGAGACUAGUGCUCUGAAGUUUGGGAAUUCUUGGAAACAUACUUCUACGUGCCCAGAUGUCACAGAAGAGAUUAAGCCCUGUGAUCUGAACCCACAUCGAAAGUCCUGGGCAGAGAAAGAGUGCAGCAUCAUCCUGAGUGAUGUCUUUAAAAUUUGUCGCUCCAAGGUAGACCCAAAUCCUUUCUAUGAUGCUUGUGUUCAUGAUGCCUGUUCUUGUGACACUGGUGGAGAUUGUGAGUGCUUCUGUUCUGCAGUUGCUGCAUAUGCUCAAGAAUGUAGCAAGGCUCAGGCCUGUGUUUUCUGGAGAACGCCUGAUAUAUGCCCAAUAUUUUGUGACUACUACAAUCCUCGUGAUGAAUGUGAGUGGCACUAUGAGCCUUGUGGCAGUAAUAUCAUGACAUGCAGGAUGAUCAAUAAUGUUGCCACCAACUUUUCAGUACCAUAUCUGGAAGGUUGCUACCCCAGAUGCCCUGAGAACAAGCCUGUUUAUAAUGAAGAGACAAAGGAAUGUGUGCGUGAAGAUCAGUGUGGGUGUUAUGUCAAUGGAACUCAUUAUAUCCCUGGGCAAGAAAUACCCACAGAAGAGAACUGUACAAAAUGUGUCUGUACCCCCUCAGGAUCUAUCCAGUGUGCUCCACUCAAAGGUUGUCCUUGUGUCAUCAAUGGAACCAGUUAUGAAGUGAAUUCAGUUGUUGCACAAAUACAGAAUGGCAGCAUAUGUAUAACAUACAUUUGUGCAGAGAAUGGUUCUAUAGUUGUUAAGGACACUUAUCCUUGUCCGACAUCUAGUUCACCUACAAUCAUUUCAACCUCCAGUCCUACCAGUACUCUUACCACCACAGUUACUACUACAAGACCUCCAGUAACUACAACUCCAUGCUUUGGAUUAAUCUGUAAUUGGAGUCAGUGGUUUGAUGUUAGUAAACCUGAAGAAGAUGGUGGUGACUAUGAAACCUACGAUGAAAUAAAAAAACAUGGAAAUGAAAUAUGUGAAGCUCCUGAACAAAUUCAGUGCAGAGCUAAAGAUAAUCCCCAUGUGAGCUUAGAGGAACUUGGCCAGAAAGUAGAGUGCAAUGUUACAUAUGGACUAAUCUGUAAAAAUGAGGAUCAAGAUGCAACUGGGUGGCAACUUUGCUAUAAUUAUGAAAUCAGGGUAAACUGUUGUGAGUGGAGUGAAAUUUCUUGUGAGACUCCAAGUACAAUGAGUCCAACACCAACUGCAACUUCAACCACCACCAGCACAACAGUAUCCAGCACCACUACAUCCAGGCAGCCAACAGUAAUUACCACCACGCCUAUACCCACCCCAACCAUCACAAGUGAAUUCACACCAUCCAUCACCACCCCAUCCACUCCAUAUAUAUCAACAACUGCACCAACGCCAUCAAACAGCACCACUCCUAGCAGCACCAGUACCACCACCACGCCUAGAAGUACCACCAGCAGCACCAUUCCCAGCAGCACUAGCAGCAUUCCUAGCAGCACUAGCACCACCAGUAGUAUUCCUAGCAGCACCACCAGCACCAUUCCCACCACCACGACCAGCACCAUUCCCACCAGCACCACCACCAGCACCACUCACAGCACCACCAGAAAUCCGUGUAAGUGCAUUUGGACGGACUGGAUUGAUGUGAGUUACCCAGAUGGUUCUGACAGAAACAGUGGUGACUAUGAAACCUUUGAGAACAUUCAGAAGGUCAACUCCUCCUGGGUGUGUGUGAAAGCUGAGAAUAUUUCAUGCAGAGCGCAGAAGUUCCCUGACACUCCCAUUGCAGAUUUAGGGCAGAAGGUGGAAUGCAAUGUUAACACAGGGCUCAUCUGUAACAACAAAGAUCAGGUCAUAGGAGGUAUAAUACCCAUGCCAGUCUGCCUCAACUAUGAGAUCAGUGUGUGCUGCGUUCCCAACAUACCAGAAUGUGUUACCACGACUACCAAAACAUGGACCACCACUGCCACAGCAACGCCAUCAGCUCCUCUCAGUACCACCAGCACCACCCAUCUCAGCACCACUCCCAGCACCACUGUUAGCGUCACCACCAGUACAGUAACCUCCAGCAGCAGCACCCGCAGCACCCCAGGGACGACGAUGACUCUUCCUGGCACACCAACAACCACUCCAAGUACUCAAAGCACGUUCCCUGCACCAAUAAGAACCGAAACACAGCCACCUCAGCCUACAGAUCACAUAAAAUACCCUACCACUACUGUCAGCACCACAAUCUCAGGAUCAUCCUCUCCACAGCCUAGUACCGGCACCACGUUGUCACAACCACCCUCCAUAUCAACAACCACAGAGAUCAUCACCACCUCUGGAGUCACUGAGACAGGACUGACCAGCAAAACCACCUCUGCAGGCCCCACACCCUCAGGAACACCUCCUCACAGUACCACCACCACAACAGAAACUUCCAGCCACCAGACCAGUACCACUGGGCCUGGAACUCCUCCAGUGGGAUCCUCUACCACUCCUCUUAGCACCACGACCUCGGGACCAUCCUCUCCCCAUCCGAGUACCGGCACCACGUUGUCACAACCACCCUCCAUAUCAACAACCACAGAGAUCAUCACCACCUCUGGAGUCACUGAAACAGGAGUGACCAGCAAAACCACUUCUGCAGGCCCCACACCCUCAGGAACACCUCCCCACAGUACCACCACCACAACAGAAACCUCCAGCCACCAGACCAGUACCACUGGGCCUGGAACUCCUCCAGUGGGAUCCUCUACCACUCCUCUUAGCACCACGACCUCGGGACCAUCCUCUCCCCAUCCCAGUACCGGCACCACGUUGUCACAACCACCCUCCCUGUCAACAACCACAGAGAUUAUCACCACCUCUGGAGUCACGGAGACAGGAGUGACCAGCAAAACCACCUCUGCAGGCCCCACACCCUCAGGAACACCUCCCCACAGUACCACCAGCACAACAGAAACCUCCAGUCACCAGACCAGGACCACUGGGCCUUGGACUCCUCCAGUGGGAUCCUCUACCACUCCUCUUAGCACCACGACCUCGGGACCAUCCUCUCCCCAUCCUAGUACCGGCACCACGUUGUCACAACCACCUUCCCUGUCAACAACCACAGAGAUUAUCACCACCUCUGGAGUCACUGAGACAGGAGUGACCAGCAAAACCACCUCUGCAGGCCCCACAUCUUCAGGAACACCACCACACAGUACCACCACCACAACAGAAACCUCCAGCCACCAAACCAGGACCACUGGGCCUGGGACUCCUCCAGUGGGAUCCUCUACCACUCUUGUUAGCACCACAACCUCGGGACCAUCCUCUCAACAGCCUAGUACCGGCACCACGUUGUCACAACCACCCUCCAUAUCAACAACCACAGAGAUCAUCACCACCUCUGGAGUCACGGUGACAGGAGUGACCAGCAAAACCACCUCUGCAGGCCCCACACCCUCAGGAACACCUCCUCACAGUACCACAAGCACAACAGAAACUUCCAGCCACCAGACCAGUACCACUGGGCCUGGAACUCCUCCAGUGGGAUCCUCUACCACUCUUUCUAGUACCACAACCUCGGGACCAUCCUCUCCACAGCCUAGUACCGGCACCACGUUGUCACAACCACCCUCCAUAUCAACAACCACAGAGAUCAUCACCACCUCUGGAGUCACAGAGACAGGAGUGACCAGCAAAACCACCUCUGCAGGCCCCACACCCUCAGGAACACCUCCCCACAGUACCACCACCACGACAGAAACCUCCAGUCACCAAACCAGCACCACUGGGCCUGGAACUCCUCCAGUGGGAUCCUCUACCACUCUUUCUAGUACCACAACCUCGGGACCAUCCUCUCCACAGCCUAGUACCGGCACCACGUUGUCACAACCACCCUCCAUAUCAACAACCACAGAGAUCAUCACCACCUCUGGAGUCACGGUGACAGGAGUGACCAGCAAAACCACCUCUGCAGGCCCCACACCCUCAGGAACACCUCCCCACAGUACCACAAGCACAACAGAAACUUCCAGCCACCAGACCAGUACCACUGGGCCUUGGACUCCUCCAGUGGGAUCCUCUACCACUCUUGUUAGCACCACAACCUCAGGACCAUCCUCUCCACAGCCUAGUACCGGCACCACGUUGUCACAACCACCCUCCAUAUCAACAACCACAGAGAUCAUCACCACCUCUGGAGUCACGGAGACAGGAGUGACCAGCAAAACCACCUCUGCAGGCCCCACACCCUCAGGAACACCUCCUCACAGUACCACCAGCACAACAGAAUCUUCCAGUCACCAGACCAGUACCACUGGGCCUGGAACUCAUCCAGUGGGAUCCUCUACCACUCUUGUUAGUACCACAACCCAGGGACCAUCCUCUCCACAGCCUAGUACCGGCACCACGUUGUCACAACCACCCUCCAUAUCAACAACCACAGAGAUCAUCACCACCUCUGGAGUCACAGAGACAGGAGUGACCAGCAAAACCACCUCUGCAGGCCCCACACCCUCAGGAACACCUCCCCACAGUACCACCAGCACAACAGAAACCUCCAGUCACCAGACCAGUACCACUGGGCCUGGAACUCCUCCAGUGGGAUCCUCUACCACUCUUUCUAGUACCACAACCUCGGGACCAUCCUCUCCACAGCCUAGUACCGGCACCACGUUGUCACAGCCACCCUCCAUAUCAACAACCACAGAGAUCAUCACCACCUCUGGAGUCACGGUGACAGGAGUGACCAGCAAAACCACCUCUGCAGGCCCCACACCCUCAGGAACACCUCCCCACAGUACCACAAGCAAAACAGAAACUUCCAGCCACCAGACCAGUACCACUGGGCCUGGAACUCCUCCAGUGGGAUCCUCUACCACUCCUCUUAGCACCACAACCUCAGGACCAUCCUCUCCACAGCCUAGUACCGGCACCACGUUGUCACAACCACCCUCCAUAUCAACAACCACAGAGAUCAUCACCACCUCUGGAGUCACGGAGACAGGAGUGACCAGCAAAACCACCUCUGCAGGCCCCACACCCUCAGGAACACCUCCCCACAGUACCACCACCACAACAGAAACCUCCAGUCACCAGACCAGUACCACUGGGCCUGGAACUCCUCCAGUGGGAUCCUCUACCACUCUUUCUAGCACCACGACCUCGGGACCAUCCUCUCCACAGCCUAGUACCGGCACCACGUUGUCACAACCACCCUCCAUAUCAACAACCACAGAGAUCAUCACCACCUCUGGAGUCACAGAGACAGGAGUGACCAGCAAAACCACCUCUGCAGGCCCCACACCCUCAGGAACACCUCCUCACAGUACCACCAGCACAACAGAAUCUUCCAGUCACCAGACCAGUACCACUGGGCCUGCAACUCCUCCAGUGGGAUCCUCUACCACUCUUGUUAGUACCACAACCCAGGGACCAUCCUCUCCACAGCCUAGUACCGGCACCACAUUGUCACAACCACCCUCCAUAUCAACAACCACAGAGAUUAUCACCACCUCUGGAGUCACAGAGACAGGAGUGACCAGCAAAACCACCUCUGCAGGCCCCACACCCUCAGGAACACCUCCCCACAGUACCACCACCACAACAGAAACCUCCAGUCACCAGACCAGUACCACUGGGCCUGGAACUCCUCCAGUGGGAUCCUCUACCACUCUUUCUAGUACCACAACCUCGGGACCAUCCUCUCCACAGCCUAGUACCGGCACCACGUUGUCACAGCCACCCUCCAUAUCAACAACCACAGAGAUCAUCACCACCUCUGGAGUCACGGUGACAGGAGUGACCAGCAAAACCACCUCUGCAGGCCCCACACCCUCAGGAACACCUCCCCACAGUACCACAAGCACAACAGAAACUUCCAGCCACCAGACCAGUACCACUGGGCCUUGGACUCCUCCAGCGGGAUCCUCUACCACUCCUGUUAGCACCACGAGCUUAGGACCAUCCUCUCAACAGCCCAGUACCGGCACCACGUUGUCACAACCACCCUCCAUAUCAACAACCACAGAGAUCAUCACCACCUCUGGAGUCACAGAGACAGGAGUGACCAGCAAAACCACCUCUGCAGGUCCCACACCCUCAGGAACACCUCCCCACAGUACCACCACCACAACAGAAACCUCCAGCCACCAGACCAGUACCACUGGGCCUGGAACUCCUCCAGUGGGAUCCUCUACCACUCUUUCUAGUACCACGACCUCAGGACUAUCCUCUCCACAGCCUAGUACCGGCACCACAUUGUCACAACCACCCUCCAUAUCAACAACCACAGAGAUCAUCACCACCUCUGGAGUCACUGAGACAGGACUGACCAGCAAAACCACCUCUGCAGGCCCCACACCCUCAGGAACACCUCCCCACAGUACCACCACAACAACAGAAACUUCCAGCCACCAGACCAGUACCACUGGGCCUGGAACUCCUCCAGUAGGAUCCUCUACCACUCCUCUUAGCACCACAACCUCAGGACCAUCCUCUCCACAGCCUAGUACCGGCACCACGUUGUCACAACCACCCUCCAUAUCAACAACCACAGAGAUCAUCACCACCUCUGGAGUCACGGAGACAGGAGUGACCAGCAAAACCACCUCUGCAGGCCCCACACCCUCAGGAACACCUCCCCACAGUACCACCACCACAACAGAAACCUCCAGUCACCAGACCAGUACCACUGGGCCUGGAACUCCUCCAGUGGGAUCCUCUACCACUCUUUCUAGCACCACGACCUCGGGACCAUCCUCUCCACAGCCUAGUACCGGCACCACGUUGUCACAACCACCCUCCAUAUCAACAACCACAGAGAUCAUCACCACCUCUGGAGUCACAGAGACAGGAGUGACCAGCAAAACCACCUCUGCAGGCCCCACACCCUCAGGAACACCUCCUCACAGUACCACCAGCACAACAGAAUCUUCCAGUCACCAGACCAGUACCACUGGGCCUGCAACUCCUCCAGUGGGAUCCUCUACCACUCUUUCUAGUACCACAACCCAGGGACCAUCCUCUCCACAGCCUAGUACCGGCACCACAUUGUCACAACCACCCUCCAUAUCAACAACCACAGAGAUUAUCACCACCUCUGGAGUCACAGAGACAGGAGUGACCAGCAAAACCACCUCUGCAGGCCCCACACCCUCAGGAACACCUCCCCACAGUACCACCAGCACAACAGAAACCUCCAGUCACCAGACCAGUACCACUGGGCCUGGAACUCAUCCAGUGGGAUCCUCUACCACUCUUUCUAGUACCACAACCUCGGGACCAUCCUCUCCACAGCCUAGUACCGGCACCACGUUGUCACAGCCACCCUCCAUAUCAACAACCACAGAGAUCAUCACCACCUCUGGAGUCACGGUGACAGGAGUGACCAGCAAAACCACCUCUGCAGGGCCCACACCCUCAGGAACACCUCCCCACAGUACCACCACCACAACAGAAACUUCCAGCCACCAGACCAGUACCACUGGGCCUUGGACUCCUCCAGUGGGAUCCUCUACCACUCUUGUUAGCACCACAACCUCAGGACCAUCCUCUCCACAGCCUAGUACCGGCACCACGUUGUCACAACCACCCUCCAUAUCAACAACCACAGAGAUCAUCACCACCUCUGGAGUCACGGAGACAGGAGUGACCAGCAAAACCACCUCUGCAGGCCCCACACCCUCAGGAACACCUCCCCACAGUACCACCAGCACAACAGAAACUUCCAGCCACCAGACCAGUACCACUGGGCCUGGAACUCCUCCAGUGGGAUCCUCUACCACUCCUCUUAGCACCACAACCUCAGGACCAUCCUCUCCACAGCCUAGUACCGGCACCACGUUGUCACAACCACCCUCCAUAUCAACAACCACAGAGAUCAUCACCACCUCUGGAGUCACGGAGACAGGAGUGACCAGCAAAACCACCUCUGCAGGCCCCACACCCUCAGGAACACCUCCCCACAGUACCACCAGCACAACAGAAACCUCCAGUCACCAGACCAGUACCACUGGGCCUGGAACUCCUCCAGUGGGAUCCUCUACCACUCUUGUUAGCACCACGACCUCGGGACCAUCCUCUCCACAGCCUAGUACCGGCACCACGUUGUCACAACCACCCUCCAUAUCAACAGCCACAGAGAUCAUCACCACCUCUGGAGUCACAGAGACAGGAGUGACCAGCAAAACCACCUCUGCAGGCCCCACACCCUCAGGAACACCUCCUCACAGUACCACCAGCACAACAGAAUCUUCCAGUCACCAGACCAGUACCACUGGGCCUUGGACUCCUCCAGUGGGAUCCUCUACCACUCUUGUUAGUACCACAACCCAGGGACCAUCCUCUCCACAGCCUAGUACCGGCACCACAUUGUCACAACCACCCUCCAUAUCAACAACCACAGAGAUUAUCACCACCUCUGGAGUCACAGAGACAGGAGUGACCAGCAAAACCACCUCUGCAGGCCCCACACCCUCAGGAACACCUCCCCACAGUACCACCAGCACAACAGAAACCUCCAGUCACCAGACCAGUACCACUGGGCCUGGAACUCAUCCAGUGGGAUCCUCUACCACUCUUUCUAGUACCACAACCUCGGGACCAUCCUCUCCACAGCCUAGUACCGGCACCACGUUGUCACAGCCACCCUCCAUAUCAACAACCACAGAGAUCAUCACCACCUCUGGAGUCACGGUGACAGGAGUGACCAGCAAAACCACCUCUGCAGGCCCCACACCCUCAGGAACACCUCCCCACAGUACCACCAGCACAACAGAAACUUCCAGCCACCAGACCAGUACCACUGGGCCUUGGACUCCUCCAGUGGGAUCCUCUACCACUCUUGUUAGCACCACAACCUCAGGACCAUCCUCUCCACAGCCUAGUACCGGCACCACGUUGUCACAACCACCCUCCAUAUCAACAACCACAGAGAUCAUCACCACCUCUGGAGUCACGGAGACAGGAGUGACCAGCAAAACCACCUCUGCAGGCCCCACACCCUCAGGAACACCUCCCCACAGUACCACCACCACAACAGAAACCUCCAGCCACCAGACCAGUACCACUGGGCCUGGAACUCCUCCAGUGGGAUCCUCUACAACUCUUUCUAGUACCACGACCUCAGGACCAUCUUCUCCACAGCCUAGUACCGGCACCACGUUGUCACAACCACCCUCCAUAUCAACAACCACAGAGAUCAUCACCACCUCUGGAGUCACAGAGACAGGAGUGACCAGCAAAACCACCUCUGCAGGCCCCACACCCUCAGGAACACCUCCCCACAGUACCACAACCAGAACAGAAACUUCCAGCCACCAGACCAGUACCACUGGGCCUUGGACUCCUCCAGUGGGAUCCUCUACCACUCUUGUUAGCACCACAACCUCAGGACCAUCCUCUCCACAGCCUAGUACUGGCACCACAUUGUCACAACCACCCUCCAUAUCAACAACCACAGAGAUUAUCACCACCUCUGGAGUCACGGAGACAGGAGUGACCAGCAAAACCACCUCUGCAGGCCCCACACCCUCAGGAACACCUCCCCACAGUACCACAACCAGAACAGAAACUUCCAGCCACCAGACCAGUACCACUGGGCCUUGGACUCCUCCAGUGGGAUCCUCUACCACUCCCGUUAGCACCACGAGCUCAGGAUCAUCCUCUGAACAGCCUAAUACCGGCACCACGUUGUCACAACCACCCUCCGUAUCAACAACUCCUGUUAUAAUCACCACCUCUGGUACAACUCCAACAAAAUCUUUUACCACCACUUCUGAGACAACUUCUAGUAGUUUUUCCAUAAACACUGUAACUACUACCACUACUCCAUCUGAAUUUGUCAUCUCUGGCUCAACGAGUACUUCUGGGACAAUUUCAACUUCAAGUGCAGUCACCAUUUCAGGAAGUUCUACGUACAGUACAGUUACUCCAUUCAGUUCUUCAAGUUCAACUACAAGUCCACCGCUAACCACUCUUCGGAAAAAUUGUACUAUUUCACCAAAUGAAACUUAUGUAACAGGUGAGUCAUGGUGGCUCUGUAACUGCACUAAGGCAAUAUGUAUAGAAGACAAUAUAGUCCAGGUGGUUCCCAUCAUCUGUAAUCCACCUCCUAAACCUUCAUGUUCCAAUGGGCUUUCUCCCGUCCCAGUCAUUGAUGAAGAUGGAUGCUGUUGGCACUGGGAGUGUGAUUGUUACUGCACUGGCUGGGGAGACCCACAUUACAUGACCUUUGAUGGACUGUACUACAGCUAUCAAGGGAAUUGUACAUAUGUCCUCGUGGAAGAAAUUAAUAAGCAAGUUGACAACUUUGGUGUCUACAUCGAUAAUUACCACUGUGAUACACGGGAUGUAGUCUCCUGUCCUCGAACGCUCAUUGUGAGACACGAGACUCAGGAAGUACGCUUAGCAGUAGCCAAGCCAAAUACUCUACAAGUAAAGGUGACAGUAAACAAACAGGCAGUGGCUUUGCCUUACAAGAAAUUUGGUGUGAGCAUCUAUGAGUCAGGCAUAAAUAGCGUAGUGGAAAUUCCUGAACUAAAAAUGAAUGUGACCUACAAUGGCUUGGCCUUUUCUAUCAGAAUGCCCUACAGUCUGUUUGGCAACAACACUCACGGACAGUGUGGUACUUGCAAUAACAACACAGCAGAUGACUGUAUGUUGCCAAAUGGAAACAUUGCAGAAAACUGUGAAACCAUGGCAGAUCACUGGCAAGUUGUUGAUCCUUCCAAACCACAGUGCUCUCCUGGCCUGGUCCCUACAAAAGCACCUAGCACAACUCCAGUACAGCCGUGCAAAGAAUCUUCCAUCUGUGAGCUUCUUUUUGGAAGUGUGUUUGAGCCUUGCCACGCAGUUGUCCAACCUGACAAGUACUAUGCAGCCUGCGUUUUUGAUAGCUGUGUACUUCCCAACUUAGACCUGGAAUGCUCAAGUCUGCAGGUCUACGCUGCCACCUGUGCUGAUCAAAAUGUGUGCAUUGACUGGAGAAGUCAUACCAAUGGUGUUUGCUGUAAGUAUUCUCAUCAGUGUCCCUCAAAUAAAGAAUAUAGAGCAUGUGGUCCUAUUAAAGAAAUAACCUGCAAAACAAGUCAACAAAAUGAAACUUCAACUAAACAAGUGGAAGGCUGUUUCUGUCCUAAUGGAACAAUGCUGUAUGACUCUGGUGUGGAUGUCUGUGUGAAAACCUGUGGCUGUGUUGGAGUGGAUAGGAUACCAAGAGAGUUUGGGGAAAAGUUUACAGUAGACUGUCAGGACUGUAUUUGCCUGGAAGGUGGAAGUGGCAUUGUAUGUAAACCUCAUGAAUGUGCCAAACAAAAUAAAACCAGUUGUGAUGGAGAAGGCUUCUAUGAGGUCACUGUAGUCAAUUCUGAAGACUCCUGCUGCCCCAUUGUCACCUGCAAAUGCAAUACAAGCUUCUGCACAGCUAAAGCCCCCAAGUGUUCUCUGGGAUUUGAAGUUUAUUCUUAUAUUCCUAGUGGUCAGUGCUGUCCUGUGUACGAGUGUGUUCCCAAGAGGGUUUGUGUACAUCAGAAUGCUGAGUUCUUGCCUAAUUCCUCAGUCUUUGUUGAUAAGUGUCAUAAUUGCUUCUGCACUAAUGAAGUUAAUGUCAGCACUCAACUGAAUAUCAUCUCGUGCGAACAUAUUCCAUGCAACACAUAUUGUGAACCAGGAUAUGAACUUCAGUCAGUGGAAGGUGAAUGUUGUGGAAAAUGUGUGCAGACUAAAUGUGUUAUUCAUACAGCAGAUAAGUCUGAACUCAUCCUCAGUCCUGGAGAGUUUAAAAAUGAUCCUUAUGACAACUGCACCAUUUAUAGCUGUGUAAAUAUCCACAACCAGUUUAUCUCUUCCACAUCUGAGAUCACUUGCCCAGCAUUCAAUGAAGACAGCUGCAAACCUGGAACUAUUGCAUUCUUACCAAAUGGUUGUUGCAAAACCUGUGCACCUCUGGAUAGUUCUACACCAUGUUCUGUCCGUCAAAGAGAAGAUUUUAUUGUCCAUAAGGGCUGCCGUUCUGUGAACAGAGUUGUCAUGACUGAAUGUGAAGGAACAUGUGGAACUUUCUCAGUAUACUCUGCUGAGGCCAACUCUAUGGACCACAGCUGUUCCUGCUGCAGGGAAUCAAGCACUACUAUGAAGGAAGUGGAACUGAUAUGCCCCACUGGGGAUUCAAUUUCCUAUAAGUAUAUAUAUGUGGAAAGCUGCAGCUGCAAAGACACUGAAUGCAGUGACUCACAAUCCAGUGAGUCACAGAGUACAGAGGAAAAUGAUGAGGAGAGCACCCUGGAUCGCAUCAAGAGGGCCAUCAGCUUAACAGCAAAAUGA